AUGCCCUUGGGGAUGUACCGGCACGGCCCUACCGGCGAGUACCGAUUGCUGCUGCACCCGUUCCGGAGGUCGAUGGCGCCUGACGCUCAAGAUGGCGCCUACGUCUUCUCUUUAGGCUCCGGCCAGCUGCCAAGGUACAUAGGGUGCUCUGAAUCUGAUACACGGGAAGUGAUAUACCUUUCAGCUGGAUCUGUCCUGUUCCAUGAUAGUCUGCAUUGGUACAUGAACCACAUUGUAAUGGUAUUUGACACCAUUGCUGAGUUGUUUCGGUCGAUGCGAUGUCCGAUUGUAAUUGGCUGCGUGGACCUGUUUGAGAUGGGUGACAUGCUUGGCAUGUUUAGUCUCAAUUAUGAAGGGACAAGCAUUGAAAUCUGGGCGAUGCAGGACUACGAAGCCGAGAUCUGGGCCUUAAAGUACCGGGUCGAAUUUCCGGUUGCAGAGAUCAGCUUGCAAUGUGGAAAGUUUGACCAUCACUGGGAGGUGAUUGUCACUUCAUGGGACAGUGAUGUGCUCGUGCUGCUCAAAUUUGAUGAUUGGUUACUUCAGGUUGGCAUGGAAGGCCAGUUGGUUGCCAGUUUCCAUCGCAAAGGCCUCCGUCCUACUCGACUUCGACUCAAACAAAGUCUAGUUUCACAUGCCUUCUUUCCGACACUGGAGGGUUAUGUUGUGAAUGGCUCGCCUUUCAUCAGAUGA